AUGUUGAAUAUCCAUUUAACUAAUCAUACGUUCAAGCCAUUCGAGCAUAAGAUUGAGGAAUAUCUCCCAUUCCAAUACUUAGGAGAAUGGAGAACGAAAUUCGAAACAGAAACAAAGGAAAUUCAAAUUGUUGACAUUUCUUACUCCGAAGCACUCAAAGCUCUUGUUAUCUUUACACAAAAAGAGAUUCGUAUCGUAGAGCUUCACAAUGACACAACAAUUGUUCCAAUUCCAGAAGGCAACGUUGUUUGUGCCGAAUUGAACAAUGGAGGCGACUUUGCAUUCAUUUCCACAGAUGCACAUCCAUACCUUGUUGAGCUUGAAACCAAAGAAUUUACUAAAAUUGAAGGAAUUGAAGGCAUUAUCCAACAUAUUGCUUUCCGUGACGACAACAAGUUCAUUGCCGUUGCCACAGACAAGCAGCUCCUCUCUAUUGACCAGAACAAGCAAAUCCACGGCAAGCAUUCUCAAGAUAACAUCACAGGAAUCACAUGGAACCCAGCAGGCACGUGGAUUGCAGUUUCUUCAGGCAAGAACGUCAGAUUCUUCGAAAAGAACUGCGAACAUCGUACAGGAAUCGAGUUUGAUACAGAAUUAUCCACAAUCCAGUGGGGAAAGGAGAAAGACAUUGUUGCAGUCGGUGAUAAAACAGGCUACAUACACUUCCUCUAUACAAAGAACCGCAAAUGGUACAAGAAAUUCAUGAUUAAUACUUCAUUUGUCGGAUAUCUUAACUGGAGCACUCCAUACGUCCUUGAAUACCGUAACCAACAAGGUAUUGGCCAUCUUACCAUCAACAACGUUGUCGACAGCAACGAAAACGACAUAUUUGUUGUUGAAUCUAACAAUGUCUUCAUUUCACAUUGGUCCAAGGCCCUGAUUCCUCCACCACUCGCCCACGAAUCCAGGGAAUUCGAUUCCCAAGUCACUUGUUUGGGAAUUUCCAAUGAAAAAGUUGCUGUUUUCACUAUGCACAAAUUACAGUUCAUUGAUGACACAGAGACAUAUGAUUUACCAAUGGCUCCUGUCCAAACAGCAACUUUCCGUGGUGGAAAAUUGCUAUUUGCCGCUGAUUCCCAUUUAUUCGAAUUUGACAAUGGAAAGAUCACAGAACUUAACAAUACUAAUGGCUUCAUCUCAUUCCUCACACCGAACUACACAGUUUACAAGGGCGCGAAGCUUGUAAACGCAUCUGACAACAAAUUCACCAUUUUAGCAGAUUAUAUAUACGCAUUUACAGACAACGAUGGUCAGAAGGUCAUGCAAAUGAUGCUUGGCGACCUCAUUGUCGAUGGUGCAACAGAAUCAUCGAAUGUCUACUCGUAUCUUGCUACAGGCAAGCUUAUCGCAUACACACACGACAUCAGCAAGUUCACUGUUAAGUACUACGAUGAAAAGCAUACACGCGGAAUCGAGAAUUACGCUCAUGUUUUGUAUUUCAACCGUAAACUGUAUUCCAUUGUUACUCAGAUGCAGCGCGGUAACACGGAGACCAACGCCCCACACGUAAUUGUCGAGCACGAGGUCAAAUCCCUCAUCAAAGAGCACAAAUACAACGAUACCUUGUUUAUCUCUAAGAGAUACCAAGUUCCGUUCACCCGUAUCAUCAGGUUAGGCGAAGUCAGUAUCCCAGAGCUCCUCCAGCAAGUUCCAGAUUCAAAGCUCAGACCAUUUAUCUCAGUCUUAACUUGCAUUCCUCCAAAAAGUGACACCCCACCAAAAAGUGACGAAGAACACAAAGAACGCGAGAGAGAAAUUAUGGAAUGUGCUGAAAACAAAUCCUUUGUGUACAAGAUCCUCAGCCACCUGUUUUCCAUUGAAUUCAACGACAAAACAGAAUGGAAACCAGAAUUCGCUGAAUCGAAACUUGCAAUUUCAUUUUUCUCUGUUGCAUCCAUCUGUUUCGUUCUCCUAGACAAGAGUGUCAAUGCCGUAGCCUUCGCUUGCCAAAUGAAAGACCCGCAAACUUCAAAACAAGCAUUGGAUUUCCUUUUGACACUUUUCGACGCCGAUAACUUAUUUGACAUUUCCAUGAGAACAUACGAUACAAAGACCAUUGCAACAGUUGGCCAUUACACAAUGAGAGAGCCAAGUUUGUUCAUUCCAAUGCUUGAGAAAUUCAACAAAAUGCCACGUGAUCUUAUGAUCGCCAAGAUCCACAACAAACUCGGUGAUUACGGAACAGCUGUGAAGUACUACGCGAAACUCGAUGACCAGAGAUACGUCACAAAGGCAAGGGAUAUCUGUCUCAGAGAGAAAUGCUUCGACGAAGGAUUGGAAUCCUUCAAGAGAGGUUCAGAAGAAUGGUUAGAAAUUCUCAAACAAAAACUCGAACAACUCGAGGCAGACAAGAAGUACAAAGAAGUUGCAAUCCAAGCAAUUUCUUCCAACAACGAAGAUAUCAUCCUUAAAUACAUCAACGCUAUUUGUUUGGCAGGAAAUCACGAACUCGCUCGCAGAAGAAUUUCCAAAGAAAACUACAAUAAAAUUUUCGAAGUCUUGAAGAAACAAAAGAAGACUGAAGAAGCGGCAUUCUUCUGUUUGAACUAUUUGGAUGACCAACCAACAGCAGGAGGAUUAUUCUUGAGUGCACAGAUGUACGACAUGGCUGAGAAAUGCGGAGUUCCUGUUGAGAAAAUCGCAGAUUCCGCUUACAAGUACUUGAGUAAUCUCUACAAGAGAAAUGCAAAACUCGCACAAGAUUUGCAUGAACAGUUUGAACAGACAAAGAAGAAAGAGGAAACACAUCAUCCUGACAGUUCAAAGCGUAGUGGAAAGAAGAAAGAAAGUAGAGGUCUUCCUGCAAUCAUCUCUAAGUUGGAGCCAUUGUUACCAACACAGAAAGAUGACGAAAGAUUAACUCUCGCUCAAACUUAUUUGACAAUGGUCGACAGAAAUGAUGACGCAAAGGAACUCAAGCAGCUCUACAACGCAAUGGCAAGAGCUGUCUAUCCAAUACCUUCUUUGCCUGAAGGUCAAAAACCUUUAGUUCCUGAAUACCUCAAACCAACUUUUGGUUAUAGUUGA